AGCUUGAGGUUUUGGUUCUGUUUCGUUUUUUGGUUGCAGUCAUCAUGGGAGGGAAACUAGAAGAACAAUACAGCGAACCAGAAACCCUAGAAAUCAACAAGAAGAAAAAGAAGGAAAAGAAGAGCAAAAGGAAAAACAUAGAAGAUGAAGAAGAAAUUGAAACCUUAGAAGUGGAAAAGAGUAAUAAAAAAGAGUCAAAUAAGAAGAAUAAGAAGAAGAAAUCAAAUGAAGAGAAGAAUGAAAUUAAUGUUGUUGUUGUUGAGGAAGAGAUGAAAAAAGAGAGUGUAGCUAAAAGUGUAGUUGUAUCGGGAAAUAAUAGUAAAGAUUUGAAGUAUAAGCCUUUGAGUUCUUUCAGUGAAACCAGAUUAACUGACGAAGUACUUGAAUGCUGUAAAACAUUUAGUAAACCCUCUCCUAUUCAAGCUCAUGCUUGGCCUUUCCUAUUAGAUGGUCGGGAUCUUAUUGGUAUCGCUGCUACUGGUUCAGGGAAAACUUUGGCAUUCGGGAUUCCAGCUCUCAUGCAUAUUCUGCAGAAAGGGAAAAACCAAGCAUCUAAAAGAAAAAAUCCUCUUUGUCUUGUAUUGUCACCCACAAGGGAGCUAGCUCAACAAAUUGCAGAUGUUCUUUGUGAGUCUGGAAAGCCAUGUGGUGCAAAGUCAGUUGUCGUGUAUGGAGGAACAUCUAAAGGACCUCAAAUAUCUGCUUUAAAGUCGGGAGUUGACAUUGUUAUUGGAACUCCUGGUCGCUUGAGGGAUCUGAUUGAUUCGGGAUUUUGUUGUCUAAACGAAGUGUCUUUUGUGGUUCUGGAUGAAGCAGAUAGAAUGCUUGACAUGGGGUUUGAACCCGAAGUUCGUGCCAUAUUGAGCCAGACAAGCUCUAAUCGCCAGAUGGUUAUGUUCAGUGCAACUUGGCCUCCUUCUGUAUAUCAGUUGGCUCAAGAGUUCAUGGAUCCAAAUCCUGUUAAGGUGGUUGUGGGAUCUGAGGAUUUGGCUGCCAACCACGAUGUUUUGCAGAUAGUAGAGGUUUUGGAUGAUAGAGCGCGUGAUGCACGUUUGACCACUUUGUUAGAGAAGUAUCACAAGUCGAAAAGUAACAGAGUUUUAGUGUUUGUGUUGUACAAGAAGGAAGCAUCUCGUGUGGAAAGCAUGCUCCAAAGGAAGGGCUGGAAGGUUGUUUCUGUACAUGGAGAUAAAGCUCAGGGUGAGCGUACAAGAUCACUUGCAUUAUUCAAAGAUGGAACAUGCCCAUUAAUGAUAGCUACUGAUGUAGCUGCUCGAGGAUUGGAUAUUCCUGAUGUUGAAGUAGUGAUCAACUACAGCUUUCCUCUUACCACUGAGGACUAUGUUCACAGAAUAGGGAGAACUGGCCGAGCUGGUAAAAAGGGUGUGGCUCAUACUUUCUUCAUGCACGAAAACAGGGGUCUCGCUGGGGAGUUGGUGAAUGUUCUUAGAGAAGCUGGACAGGUUGUGCCUGAAUCCCUUAUGAAGUUUGGCACUCAUGUGAAGAAAAAGGAAUCUAAGCUCUAUGGAGCCCACUUCAAGGGAAUUAGUGCAGAUGCUCCAAAGGCGACAAAGAUCACCUUCGACAAUUCAGAUGAAGAUUGAUUGCAUCUUCUGCAAACAGCAAAACUGCAAAAGCUCCCAUCCUGCUUCACUUUCGGUGUCGGAUGAAUGCCAAAUAGUGGUUUGUUUGAGAUAAAUCAGUAAGUGUUGGUCUUUGUCUACUGGAAGCAAUUUAAAAUGAAAGUUGAGCCUGAGAAUCUUCUGUGCCUCAGCAACUAGAAUGCUCCAUAUAGGUUAUUUGUUUAACAAUUUUUUCUGUGAUGAUUUGUUCCUAUAGUCUCUAAAGGGCAUCAGCUAGUAGCUGUAAAAACUCAUAAUGGGAAAAUGAAUCUUAUUCAUGUUCGACCUAAUUUAUGUAUUAUGGAGAAAAUUUUGCUAAAUCUUAUAUAAGCUUAUGCCAAGUCGUGGUUCCAGAAA